AUGGCGCUAUUGCGGCGCCUAGCCGUUUUCGCCUCCGUUCUGCUGUUGGCCGAGAAUACGGCAGCAAAACAGCUUCAUCGCAACACGGCGCACAUGCUGGAAGUCCCAUCGGUCAACAAUCACCGACAGAAGGCCUAUGUGAAACCCAACACAAUGUCCGAGUCCAGGCACCAGACCACGCUGUCCAUGUCGUCACCCUCAUCAGAAUCGAGGAACGAGUCAAAGGAGGCUGACAAGGCCGAGGAGGCCCCUACUGUAACUGCUGAAGAUUUUAUUCGUGGCAGGGCAACUAUUGAGUUCCCUGCAGGCGCCACAUACGCCAAAAUUGAUCCCCAGAAGAGUCUGAUUGGUGCCAUUGUUAUUUUCGGGAUAUACCUCGUCGGGACCAUGUUGUACAACUACAUCCGGAAAGUAACGGAGAAGAAACGCGUAGAGCAAGCGUUGCGCGACUACGAGGAGGAGAAGGAGCACUACAUCGAGUACGGGGAAACGGUGGAUGUUGCCGGCUCCGGGUCAUGA